AUGACCCCUGGGGAAGCCCUACUGCUGCUUCUCAUGUCCGCCUGCUCCAGCUCCUGUGUCCGCAGGAGCGGCCACUUUGAGGUGUUCUAUUGGACCCACCUGUCCUACCUCCCAUGUCUGCACGGGCCCAACUUCUGGAAGUAGCUGCUGGUCCCCGGCAUCUUGUUCUUCCUGGAGAAGGCCGUUGGCCUGGCCGCAUCCCUCAUGGAGGCCCUGUGCAUCGUGGAAGAUCUCCUCCCUUCCAAGGUCACUCAUCUCGUCAUCAAGAAGCCCCCUCCUUUCCACUACAGGCCUGGCGACUACUUGUAACUGAACAUCCCCACCGUCGCACACCACAAGUGGCACCCCUUCACCAUCCGCAGCGCUCCCGAGCAGAAAGACACCAUCUGGCUACACACCCGGUCCCAGGGCCAGUGGAUAAACAGGCUGUAUGAGUCCUUCAAGAAAUCAGACCCAGUGGGCUAUGGUUCCGAGAGGCUCUCAAGGAGUUUGAAGAUGAGAAGGAGUCAGAGGAAGCUGCAGGGAAGUGACUGCAGGGAAGUCUCCGAGGUGUCCUCUGAGAACCACCAGUUCUGUAACAUCAAGUGCUACAUCGAUGGCCCUUACAGGACCCCCAACCGCAGGAUAUUCACCUCCGAGCAUGCUGUGCUCAUCGGGGCAGGCGUCGGCAUCACCCCCUUUGCUUCCAUCCUGCAGAGCAUCUUGUACAGGCACCAGAAGAGAACGCACAUCUGCCCCACUGCCAGCACUCCGGGAGGGAGGGUGUGUGUGCAGGAUGCUGACGUGAAGCUCCACAAGGUGGACUCCAUCUGGAUCAACCGAGACUAGCGGUCUUUCGAGUGGUUUGUGAGUCUGACCAGAAUGGAGAUGGACCAGGCCGAGGAGACUCAGGAGGGCCGUUUCCUGGAGCUGCGCAUGUAUAUGACCUCCGCGCUGGGCAAGAAUGACAUGAAGGCCAUUGGUUUGCAGAUGGUCCUCGAUCUCCAGGCCAAGAAGGAGAAGAAGGAUUCCAUCACGGGCCUCCAGACACGCAGCCAGCCUGGGCGGCCAGAUUGGAACGAGGUGUUCCAGAAGUUAGCCACUGAGGAGAAGGGCAAGGUGCAGGUCUUCUUCUGUGGCUUCCCAGCUCUGGCCAAGAUGCUCAAGGACCAUUGUAAGCAGUUCGGCUUCAAGUUUUUCCAAGGGAACUUCUAG